CUCUUCCCGGUGUCCCAACGGCGACUACUGCUCCAACAGGCGCUUCCAGAAGAAGCAGCAUGCGGAUGUGGAGGUGAUCCUCACCGAGAAGAAGGGCUGGGGGCUCCGAGCUGCCAAAGACCUGCCAUCCAACACCUUUGUCCUGGAAUACUGCGGGGAAGUGCUGGAUCACAAGGAAUUCAAGGCUCGGGUGAAGGAAUAUGCCCGGAACAAGAACAUCCACUAUUAUUUCAUGGCCCUGAAGAAUGAUGAGAUAAUCGACGCGACCCAGAAGGGGAACUGCUCCCGCUUCAUGAACCACAGCUGUGAACCCAACUGUGAGACACAAAAGUGGACUGUGAACGGGCAGCUCCGGGUUGGAUUUUUCACCACCAAACUGGUGCCGUCGGGCUCGGAGCUGACCUUCGAUUACCAGUUCCAGAGAUACGGCAAAGAGGCUCAGAAAUGUUUCUGUGGCUCCUCCAACUGCCGGGGGUACCUGGGAGGGGAGAACAGGGUGAGCAUCCGAGCGGCCGGAGGGAAGAUGAAGAAGGAGCGCUCCCGGAAAAAGGACUCGGUGGACGGGGAGCUGGAGGCGCUGCUGGAGAACGGGGAAGGGCUGUCCGACAAAAACCAGGUGCUCAGCUUGUCCCGGCUCAUGGUCCGGAUCGAAACCCUGGAGCAGAAACUCACCUGCCUCAAACUCAUCCAGAACACGCACUCCCAGUCCUGCCUGAAGUCGUUCCUGGAGUGCCACGGCCUGUCCCUGCUCUGGAUCUGGAUGACGGAGCUGGGCGAUGGCAGAGGCAGCACCGCCAACAACCUGAAGCUGCAGCUGGAGAUCAUGAAGACCCUGGAGCUGCUGCCCAUCCCUACCAAGAACAUGCUGGAGGAGAGCAAGGUGCUGCCCAUCAUCCAGCGCUGGGCUCAGACCAAGACGGCGGUGCCGCAGCUCAGCGAGGGCGACGGCUACUCCAGCGAGAACACGUCCCGCGCCCACACCCCCCUCAACACCCCCGACAUCGGCGCCAAGCAGAGCUCCGAGGGGGACGCCGACACCCCCAAGAAGCUGGUGUUCCGCAGGCUGAAGAUCAUCAGCGAGAACAGCAUGGACAGCGCCAUCUCGGACACCACCAGCGAACUGGAAGGCAAGGAGGGCAAGGAAGACCUGGACCAGCUGGAGGGAACGCCCGUGGAGGCGCCGGAGGAGCAGCAACAGCAGCAGCAGCAGCAGCAGGAGGUCAAAGCCGCCGCGGACGUGCCCGUGGAGAGCAGCAAAGCCCAGCCUGUGGAGCUGGAGGCUGAGCCCGAAGCCGAGGCCAAGGAGAGCAACGGGGCGAAGCUGGAGGAGCCCAUGGCCAUGGAGACGCCGUCCCAGGAUGAGGAGGAGGGCGUGUCCGACGUGGAGAGCGAGAGGAGCCAGGAGCAAACGGAUAAAAUCGUGGAUGUGAGCGACUUGGCCACCAGGCUGCUCGACAGCUGGAAGGAGCUCAAGGAGGUGUAUCGCAUCCCAAAGAAGAGCCAGGCGGAGAAGGAGAGCAGUGCUGACCGUGGGAGGGAUCCAGCCGGGCUCCGGGAUCAGACCCCUACUCCCAAGAACCCCCCCCUGAGCCGGGAGCGGGAUCCCGAGUGGCAGAGCCAGAGCAAGGAGAGGAAGCGCCGCAGGGACUCGCUGUCCCCUCCGCCCUCGGGCUACGAGCGCGGCACGAAGAGGCCGGAGGACAGGUAUGACACGCCGGCGUCCUCCAAGAAGAAGGUGCGUCCCAAGGACCGCAACAAGCUCUCCACGGAGGAGCGCCGGAAGCUCUUCGAGCAGGAGGUGGCCCAGCGGGAGGCCCAGAAACAGCAGCAGCAGCUCCAAAACCUGGGAAUGGCGUCCCCGCUCCCCUACGACUCCAUGGGCUACGGGACCCCCCACCACAGCUUCCUGGGGUACCCCCCCGGCUACCCCAUGCAGGCCUACGUGGACCCCAGCAACCCCAACGCCGGCAAGGUGCUGCUGCCCACGCCCUCCAUGGACUCCAUGUGCUCUCCGGCGGGAUACGAGCACUCCCAGACUCUGGUGGGGCACGCGGUGGAGCCGGCCCUGGGCGCGGCGGCGCAGCCGGUGCCGGUGGUGCAGCACGUGGCCGCCGCCGCCGCCGCCGUGGAGGUGCCGCCGCCGCAGUACGUGGCGCCGGGCGAGGCCGUGGUGCACCCCGAGCCCAACGUGGCCGUGCUGCCGGUGGCGGCGCCGGGGGCCGUGCAGGGCCAGGGCUACGGCCCCGUGUGGGAGUCGGGCCAGCAGGCCGUGGCCGUGCAGCAGCCCUACUCCCCCGCCCAGUCCCAGCCCACCAUCUACUACCAGGGCCAGACCUGCCAGACCGUCUACGGCGUCACCUCGCCCUACUCGCAGACCACCCCGCCCAUCGUCCAGAGUUAUGCCCAGCCAGGUCUCCAGUACAUCCAGGGCCAGCAGAUCUACACGGCUCAUCCCCAGGGAGUCAUUGUCCAGCCCCCCCCAGCCGUGACCACCAUCGUGGCGGCCGGGCAGCCCCAGCCCAUCCAGCAGCCAGAGCUUGUGGUGACCAACAACCUCCUGGACCUGCCUCCACCUUCUCCUCCGAAGCCCAAGACCAUCGUCCUCCCUCCCAACUGGAAAACGGCCCGAGAUCCCGAGGGGAAGAUCUACUACUACCAUGUGGUCACCAGGCAAACCCAGUGGGAUCCUCCGACGUGGGACAGCCCCGGGGACGACGCCGGCCUGGAGCACGAGGCCGAGAUGGACCUGGGGACCCCCACGUACGACGAGAACCCCAUGAAGUCUUCCAAGAAGCCCAAGACGGCGGAAGCCGACACGUCCAGCGAGCUGGCCAAGAAGAGCAAGGAGGUGUUCCGGAAGGAGAUGUCCCAGUUCAUCGUGCAGUGCCUGAACCCCUACCGCAAACCCGACUGCAAGGUGGGCAGGAUCACCACCACCGAGGACUUCAAACACCUCGCCCGCAAGCUGACCCACGGGGUGAUGAACAAGGAGCUCAAGUACUGCAAGAACCCCGAGGACCUGGAGUGCAACGAGAACGUCAAACACAAAACCAAGGAGUACAUCAAGAAGUACAUGCAGAAAUUCGGGAUCCUCUACAAGCCCAAAGAGGACACGGAGCUGGAAUAGCACCUGGAAUAAACCCCAUCUCCCCCAUCCCGUCCCUUCCCGCCAGGAUUGGCCCUUUGGAACUCCCCCAACCUGGGAAUUUUA